AUGGCGGUGACCGAGGACCUUUACGAGAAACUCGCUGCAACGGCUAGAGGAUUCAUCGAAGCGACGAAUGCCAAAACUCCACGAGACAACAACCCCGACUACGACCUGAUCCGAUCGUUCGCCGCGCCCCAUUUCCGCAUCGAAUGGGCUCCCAAGCUCUUCGCUUCCAGCUCACCCGUCCUCGGGGACGCGAAAGAUAUCGAUGGCUUCUGUGCGCAUAUCCAGGGAAUGUCUGCGAACAUGUCGACAUGGGCAAUCCUCAUACAAGACCUCUUUGUAGACGUGAAACGACGGACGGUGACUGUUCGGGCAGACUUCUGGAUGCUACCGCGAGGGUCGGAGAAGGUGUUGAAUGACAUCGUCUGGUUCGUGAAGAUGGAUGAGAGUGGAGACAAGAUAAUCGAUUGCACGGAAUAUGUGGAUCCUGCGGCGAGCAAGAUCAUCAAGGAUCGAAUUGCGGCGAGGAGUUGGGAAGCCAACGUUGCCGCUUCUGCUGGCAAAGAAUCGUCGAAUGGGGAUAGCUAG